AUGGGGAAUAUAUUGUCUACAACUUCUCACCUUCUCUUUCCACUGUUUCUCGGGUAUCUUGUUUCUAAGCUUAUAUCAACUGAAGCAGAAAAUACUUAUCAGCUCUACGCCUGCGCAUUAGCUAUGUGUCUCAAUGGUUUGAUCGGUGGUCUUGGUAUGCACCAGCAAGACUACAGAUGUGAAAUAUUGGGGAUCAAAAUAGCAAGCGCCCUGAGGGGACUGGCGUACCAUAAGGUAGACACGAUCUUAAGGCUCGCACCUUUUACACAUUUAAAGAAAAUUCGGUAGAGGUUUCGAAGCUGUCGUCUCGAAACGCAGUCACGGUUAUCUUUAUGCCGGAGAUUUAAAUCGUAUGGUUUAUGGAACAAACUUCUUCUCUUAUGUCUAAUCUGUACUCUCUUUCAGACGCUUCUACUCAGCAAGCAGACGUCACUAAGAUUUACUGCAGGACGCUUAUUCGAUCUGAUAUCCAAUGAUGUUAAAAGAAUGGAAGAAGAGACAGUCACAUUGUUUUUCUCAGCCGCUUUCGCAGUCCCUGCUUAUGCAGGGGCAAUAUUCCUUAUCUACAACUUGAUUGGUUGGCAGGCUGUUACGGGUGUG